GUAGAAACGAAAUUGUAUGCCUUUGGUGGUGCCGCUUGCCAAACCGAACCCGAAGGCUGUAGUCCGUAUCCGCUCGAUUUAUAUGUCUGCGCUCUGCCAUUGAAUCCCGAAAACUUCGAAUCGCUCUUGUUCGUCGAACACACAAACAAACUGAAGGGACCCAAGAAUUAUUUCAUUCAUGUUCCCUACAAGUAGAGGAGCUUAUUAUGUUGGCUCAGUUUUAUCAUCCCUUCCCUGACGAUCCGGUUUAUAUGUCUCAGCAUCCGCCUCCAGCUCCUUGUGAGGUUUUGUAUCUCAGUGAUCUUAGUGUGGAGACUGUUGACGUCCCAUUUUGGGACUGCAAUUCGGGUCGAGAUAGCUAUCCUAGCUUCCAUGGCCAUGUGGUUGCAGGGGAUGUACUGUAUGUUGUUGUGUCACGCUGUUUGUAUGGUCUUGACAUGGUAAAUCUAGAGUGGAGCAUCAUUGAUGAUCGUGGUAGGUCUGCAUCCUUAUCGUUGAUGAUGUACCAGGUGAGUUUCUUUCGUAAUUCGAACUGCUCGAGUGUUGUUCGUGGUGGCAAAUCUUUUCUGGUGAAAAUGGUAUCUGAUCUGGAGGAAUCCCUUUUUCUUAAGGAAGACAGGGAUAGUGUGGUGGAGCUGGAUGAUCUAUCUGAAUUUGUGCGUAAGGAAACCAAGGAUUACUUCAUCAAUGGUUUAGCGGUUGUCCCAUUUGGAAAUGAUGGUGAUGAAAACUCUAACGUGUUCUGUAUCUUUAUGUGGUAUAGAAACUAUGAGGGCAGAUGUGAUGAUUUGUUCAGGAUUUGUAGGAUUACAGUGGUUGACAAUGGGGCUCUGGUACUGCUGCAUGCCCACUUACCCGUCACGGUCCGUCCCGUUCCUGAGGGUCGGGACGGAUCCGUUUCUCUAUAGGAUCAAUUUAGGGACAGGUCGGGUCAACUUAUGGACGAGUCACUUUUUGACCCUGUGACCCUUGACAACAACAAAUAUCCCAUACCAAAUUGGACCUCUUUGUAAAAGUUUUCAAAGUUUAGGUUCUAAAUUGCAAAAAUAAAAAAUUUUGGGUACCAAAAUGUAAUUUUACCAUCAAAAUUUAUGGACUUAUUUGUCCGAAAUAAAUUUUAGGUACUAAAUUGUAUGAAAGAAUAAUUUUGUGUACCAAAAUGUAAUUUUUAAAAAAAGUAGUGUAUAAAUUAGGGUCGACUCACUGAUCCGACCCGUCCUAUCCCUUGAGGGUCAGACGGGGUCAAGAAGGAGACAGGGACAGGACUGGACAGGACAGUUAUACAUCUUGACCCUUCAGGGACGGUCAGACAGGGUUAGAGACGGGUCGGGACAAUUUUCAGCCCUAGGCUGAAUGCACAAACUACCACUACAAGAAGAUGUUUGAUGGCAAGCCUAAAGAUUUGCGUCCAAAGGAGGGUUGGAGAAAGCUAAGAUAUUGGCUAGAUGAAUGGAAAUCUGGGUUUCCCAGUUGCAGCAUUUUUUGUUUGAACACCUUCUCUUCGCUACAAUAAAAGUGGUCUAUGACAAGGGUUGUUUUGGUCUAUAGCAAGGAUUUAAACCCCUGCUACAAGAUCUUGCAAGAGUUUUCCAACCUUUGGACAAAUCUUUGGCAAAGCUGCCCUUACUACGUGUAGCAAGGAUUUUGAGUGAUCCUUGGUGGAAGUCCUAUGCAGGGGUUCUACCAAUGAUUUUGAACCAUUGCUACAUUAUCAUGUGUUUAAAACCCUUGUUGUACAUCACUAAAAUUAAAAUGGAUUAUAGACGCAUAACUAACAUUUAGCAAGGGUCUAUAAUUUGUUAACAUUAAAGCAAACUAUAAUUUUCUCGUGACGCAUAACUAACAUUUAGCAAGGGUCUAUAAUUUGUUAACAUUAAAGCAAACUAUAAUUUUCUCGUCACUAAAUAUAUCGUCGCUAAACAUAUCUCGCCGCUAAUAUGCAGCCAAAUUGCAUCUUCCACGACAACAAUCUUGUUACUAAAGUGAAGACAUUAUCGUCGCUAAAUGUCCAAUAUUCCCGUCACUAUAUGUGAACCCAAAUUUGACUGAUGGCUCUGUUUGUCAACUGUAUGUAAUGUAACAAGGUCACAUAACUUGAGAUAGCAAAAAGAAGCAUAUAUUAGCCGGCUAAACUCAUAACACGACCAUACAUGCAUACACUGAUCAAGUAACUGAUUAGUGUAUAUUGAAAAGUUAGGCGGAAUAAAAAAAAAUUAAUGACGUUCGGAUUUUGGAGCACAAAGUUACGGCCGCCCAAAGUUUGACGAAAUCAAAAAAAGGCUCGUUCGGGGUAGCAAAUGACGUUUUUUCGAGACGAAGGCGGGACCAAACCGCCUACGGCUGUUUGCGGCUUGCAAGAUCUCGAAAAUUUAUUCGGAUUCAAAAAAAAAUCGCUAUGAUCGGAUACCCGAGUGCAAAGUUAUGUUCGUUUAAAGUUUCGGCCGAAGUUAGGAGUUGAUCGAAAAAAAAUAAUUUGGACCAAACCGCUGGGUGGGGUGGCGGUUUUUGAAAAAGGUGGUAUUUUUGGAAUUUUUUGGGGUUGGGUGGUAUUUUUGGAAUUUUUUUUUAAACAGUGGUACUUUUGGAUUUUUUCCGAAAAGGGUCGUAUGGUAUAUAAUAUCAGAAAGCAAGUGAAUAUCAUCCAUGGUUAUCUACUUGAUUUCAUAGACAAUUCAUUCAUCCCUCAACCACAUACUGGUCUUCCCUUUCAAAUCAUUUGAUGAAUACAUACAGAUAGCUAUACCUUCCUUUCUCUGGGGAUCCACACGAACGCUUUUUGUUUGGUGCACAGAGGUAGCAAGCAGCUGCUAUAUAGAAAGCGAAAGAGAGAACUAUGGGUGCUUUAUAUUUGUAUCUACACAAACAAACUCAGAUGCUGAAUGAAGGGAUACAUAAGAAGAAGAAGAAGAAGAAGAAGAAGAAGAAGAAGAAGAAGAAGAAGAAGAAAGGUUGUACCUCAUCGUCAUCAUAAUUAAACAAGAAAAGGGGGGAAACUAGGACGAAGUGUCACUCUUCCAGACCCAAGCACCCAUCCAUCCCCACAACAAACAAUAGAAAAGUUCAUGAUAGGAAAGGGAAAGACUACUCACUUAUGAAACGAAAGAAAGAAAGAAAGAUGGA